CCAACAUGUACUUGUUGGGAUUAAGGUAAUGUUGAUGAUUUGCCAGCAACCCAACAUGUUUGGAUUAAGAUGAUGAUGAUUAUGUGAAAUAAAUACGAGUAUAUGGUUUCUAACAAUUUUUUGUGAAUGGUUUAUAUUGGUGUUUUAACAGGUGGCAAUGGAAGUUCAAAGCAGAGCAGGAGUGAGAAGAAGAGUCGCAAGGCAAUGCUGAAACUUGGAAUGAAACCUGUUCCAGGUGUUAGCCGAGUUACAAUUAAGAGAACUAAGAAUGUAUUAUUCUUCAUCUCAAAACCGGAUGUCUUCAAAAGCCCACAUUCCGAGACAUAUGUCAUAUUUGGGGAGGCAAAGAUAGAAGAUUUGAGCUCUCAACUCCAGUCACAGGCUGCUCAGCAGUUUAGGAUGCCGGGCGACAUGGGGGGUUCCAUUAUGGCUAAGCCAGAUAACACCGUGGCUGCACAAGUGGACGAGGAGGAAGAAGAAGAGAUUGAUGAGACUGGAGUUGAACCUCGAGACAUUGAUUUGGUUAUGACACAAGCAGGAGUGUCCAGGUUCAAGGCUGUUAAGGCUCUCAAGACCCACCAGGGAGACAUUGUUAGUGCUAUCAUGGAGCUCACCACCACUUGAACGCUCUCUAGAUCCAAGUUUGGAAUUUGAUUUUUACCAUUUCGUCAUAAUUUUCUCGGUUGCGGGACCAUGUAGUAGUAUUGCCUAAUUGUGCUUCCUUUUUGAAUCAGAAUCAUUUUUAAGCAGAAUUUGGUUUUCUUUUGCUCUUUCAUGUCUUGGUUAUUAUUGCAUAUGUGCAUUGCUAGUAAAAGAAAAUAUCUUAAGUACAUUUCCAUCAUGUCUAUUUCUAAAAUAAUACGAAGUAGUACUC